GAAACAAAAACACAGCCAUGCCUCUAUCAGGAACACCUGCCCCAAACAAGAGGAAAAAGUCUACUAAAAUCCUUGUGGAGAUCAGUUCCUCAAGAGAAGAAGAACAAGUUGUCUCUAGACUAAAUUUAGGGAAGAAGAUCAGUGUUCCUAGAGACAUCAUGCUGGAAGAAUUGUCUUUGCUCAGCAAUAAAGGAUCCAAGAUGUUUAAGCUUCGUCAAAAGAGAGUGGAAAAAUUCAUCUAUGAAAACAAUCCAGAUGUAUUUUCAGACAAUUCAGUGGACCACUUCCAAAAAUUUAUAGCUACUGGAGGUGAUUUAGGACCUGGAGGACAUACAGGAGUCGGAGGAGGAGGUUAUGGUUUGGGACAUGGCGGAGGACGAAUGGUGUCAAGUCUAUCAGGUGGACAGCAUGGGCAUGGAGGGCACCAACCACCAAUACCCCCACCAAAGCCUGGAAGUAAGGGCGGUGUUGGCGGUGGACAGGCUGGUGAUUCCAGCAGCGGAGGAAAAGGAGGAAGGGAAGGCAUUGAUGGCUCAGGAGGAAAAGAUGGUCAUUCGGGUCAAGAUGGUCCAGGUGGGAAGCAUAUCACUAUUUUCAAGACUUACCUCUCCCCAUGGGACAAAGCAAUGGGAAUUGACCCACAACAAGCAAGUAAUCUCAACAUAAAUUUGCUGGAUUAUUGUACAAAGGCAGAGCUCGUCAAAUAUAAAUCAUUCAACAGGUCAGCUAUGCCUUUUGGUGGAUAUGACAAAGCAGCAAAGUUGAUGACUUUUCAGAUGCCAGAGUUUGAUGCUGGGCCCGUAGAAUCAGAACCAGAAAUUGUCUUCAAUGCAGCUGCUGCCAACAGACCGUCCUUCAACAGGACACCAGUUGGAUGGUUGGGAUCUGGUGAAGGCACACACUACAAUAUUGAUGUGCCUGUGCCACUGGAUGGGGAAACGGAAGAACUCUAAGCUAAUGCCUCCUGAAAUGUGUAACCUAUAGGUGUUGUACAUCAAAAACACAUUGUCAUUUCUUCUGAAAAAUAUGUGAUAUGUUGUUGUAUUGCACUGUAUUUUGACACCCAAUCAGCCAAUGGCACAGGUCACAUCUAACAGUGUAUAUGCCACACAAUAAUGUGCCUUAUUUAAAAAGAAGCCAGGCUUUCUCUUGUAUGUUGAAAAAAAAUAAAAUGUAGCUUCUUGUGAUGGUUUGUAUUUGAACGCAGGUAGAGAUGAAACAGAAUGGUGACUAAUAAAAGAUGUGGCAAAGCAGAGGAAGGGAAAGAAAGCUAUUUGUUUUGUGCACUGUGGCAUAAAAAAUAAAAAUAUAAAGGACAAUUAUUAAACAUGUAACCUUAAAAACACUGCUCUACACUAAAUAUUUUUAAUUAGUGUCUUAAUUAAACUGAAUAAACAGAUACAGAAUUAAA